CACGAGUGCUCGUGCCCUUCGCCUCCUUCUUGUCUCCGUGUCGUCGUUUUGUUAUCACGCUAUAACUAUCGUCGCAGCGCCAGAUUCCUCUCUAGGUGUUAUGGUAGGUGUUCUGUGGUAUUGUUGUAUGAAAUUCCAUGCAAGGCUUCUAUCAUGAAGUUUGAUACAAUAAUUAUUCUACGAAACUGUAUGGCUCCAACAGUAAUAGAAGUCGUGCCAAAAAUAAACUCUUUUUUUUGCUUUUUUUCCUUUUUUUUAUAUACUACGGCUGGAACACAAAUGUUUUAACCCAUUACAAAGGACAAAACCAUAAAUCAUCAUCAUCGACGAAGCCAGGAAAAUGAAAAUGGCGGUUUGCACGGCGUUGUUAAGGUCGUGCAAAAAACUGAACUACGGCGGUUCUUGGCAAAGGCUACAGCAGUUAUUUACAAGAAACUACGCAAAGAAAGCAAGUGCAGCUGCCGCAGGACUAAGCAUCCAACCCAAGAGAAAAAAGCUGCCGGUAGAGACGGAUCCAGGAAAACUGGUGCGAUUCUGCUGCGGCAGCAAUAUACUCAAAGAAGGCGAGGACGUCGAACUGGGGGCCGACGAAGCGUAUCCGUCCUGGCUGUGGGAGCUUCCGCUGAACGGACCGCCACCUCUGUCGGAGAUGGACCCAGAGACGCCUCAGUAUUGGGAGUCCCUGCACCGACGAGCGCUGCUGAACCAGAACAAGUUGCUGAGCAAUGCCCCCAAAGUGAAGCUGCGCAUCAACGAAAAGGAGAAGCUGCGAAAGCUGAAAGCUCUGCGAUUCCGCGCACUUGCAGCGUACCGCUAUGAUCCGGGAGUGCCACUGCGCGAAUACGAGGAACAGCUGAAACGCAACAGACUCGAUUGACAAACAUCACUGUAUACUACGUGCGGUCCGUAGAAUAUGCUGAUGACGAUUUAUGGUGGUUUUGUGCCGCAAUGCGACUGUCUGAACGCCACGACUCGUUGAGAUGCAAUGUGCGUGUUCAAGUGCUUACAAAAAUAAAGAAUAAAUACUGCCGAAAAUGAAA